AAAUUUUUAAUUCUUUUCUCCAUCCCAAGUCCUAACUCCUACUACUCUUGUCUUUUCUUCACUUCCUUUUUCGCAUCUCCACCUCCUGCAUUUCUCCAUCAAAACCCUAGAUUUGAAAUCUAGGGUUUUGUUUGUUUCAAUGUGUUGAGGCGUGAUCAGUUAACCUCUUGAUCGUUAGCUUGAGCUUCCUUGGUUAAAUCUGAGCUCAUGAGUUCUCUACAUUUUUUUCCUCAGUAAGCUCUCACCCUGGUUUUUGUUGUUAACACAAUUUAAAGCUCUAAAUUCAUAAUUUUUCCUCACUCGAGCAGACGAAUCAUAAACUCCGAGAGGUUCUUAGAUUUCCGUACUUAAACCGGACUUGCAAAACCCGUGUUUUAGCAUAGACCGGAAUUUUUUUUUUUUGAACUUGAUGAAGAACUUGGGGUCACUGGGUUUUAGAUCCCCUUCUCGUCUCGACAAUUUUGGGCUUAAGAUUCAAUCUUUUCAUCUCUGAUCGAGCCUGUUAUUUCUUGGUAUUCGAAGAACCCCGGCAAAAACCCUGUUCUGGUGAAUUUUUCUGUAAGUUGCGUGAGAAGUCUGGCUCUGCUCUGGAAGCUUUAGGGUUGAGGAUUUGAGCAGAGUUACCAGAAAGUUUGUAUAUUUAUCACCAAUCUCUUAGUAAAUGCAUGGAUGGGAGAGAAGCUAUGGCAUUCUAUGGUGGCUCAGCUUCAUAUUACAUGCAUAGAGGAAAUGUUUCUGGGUCUGGCUCUGGAACACAGGCCCAGGGGUUCCAACAAACACCUCCUGGGUUUAGACCUUUGUCAAACGCUGGCUUUCAAGCUCAGUCAAAUGUCCGAGGUGUUUCUGUGGGUUCUACAUUUCCAGUGGAGCCUCCUCGUAGCAAUUUUAGUCCAGGCAUUAACAUAAGUUCCUCUCCUGGAGUACAUUCAGGUGAGCCCUUGAAAAAGAAGAGAGGAAGGCCGCGUAAAUAUGGUCCUGAUGGCCCUGUUUCUUUGGGACUGUCUCCCAUGUCUGCAACUGCUAAUUCUGCGCCAGGUUCAGGCACACCUUCCCAGAAACGGAAUAGAGGACGGCCACCUGGAACUGGCAGGAAGCAGCAGCUAGCGGCUCUAGGUGAAUGGAUGAACAGUUCAGCGGGACUUGCUUUUGCACCUCAUGUUAUCACCAUUGGAGCUGGGGAGGACAUUGUAGCAAAGUUGUUGUCUUUAUCGCAGCAGAGACCAAGGGCUCUGUGCAUCAUGUCAGGCACUGGCACAGUUUCUUCAGUCACUCUACGCCAACCUGCUUCAGCAAACAUCAGUCUCACUUACGAGGGCCGGUUUCAAAUUUUAUGCUUGUCUGGCUCAUAUUUGGUUUCUGAGGAUGGCGGACCUUGUGAUAGAACUGGUGGUUUGAGUGUUUCUCUUUCUAGCCCUGAGGGUCAUGUUAUUGGUGGUGGUGUUGCUGUGCUUAUCGCUGCAAGCCCAGUGCAGGUGGUGGUGUGCAGUUUUGUAUAUGGAAGUGCUAAGAUGAAGACAAAGCAAGUAACCUCUCCCAAGGGUGAGAAGAAUUCUGAGCCUCAGACUCAAAAUCCUCCUCAGGCUCAGGCUCAGCCUCUUCGUGAUGGUAGUAACAAGUUCAGUAGCCCUAUUACUCCUGCAAGUGCUCAAAACUACACAUUGUCAGCAUCAUCAGCCAUGUGGCCAGGAGACCUGAAAAGCUCACACACACACACUCGUACUGGUAUUGACUUGACCCGAGGCUGAACAAAAAAAAACAAAAAAAGAAAAAUUGUGUAUAUAUACACACCUGUUGUUGUACAUCGGCUGAAUGAAUUUGCAAGCAUUGUAACUCAUCUGUCAACCACUGGGUCACAAGUUUGCUCUAAGUCUAACAUAUUAUAACAAUUCCAACAUUAUGCGGUUUAAGUGAUUAUUUUGACUUGAGCCAAGUUUUCUGGUUAAAUGAAGGGAACUAAUACACCUGUAUGAGGUUUGUUUUGUUUAUUGAGCUAUUUUCUGGUUA